AUGCUUUAUGAAGCACGAUUGUUUCGUUUUAUACCAGUACUGGAGAUGACACCCGACAUUUAUCGUAUAACAUCUAAAUAUCUUGGCCCAACAAGAUCACUUCUUUUUGAUAGAAGUCAAAAUUAUCUUGGAUUUAAUCAGACUAAUCAUACAGCAACUAAUCAACAUUGGUUUGUUCGAUUGAGAGAUACUGGGGAUUACUCCAUAAGACCAGUUGAUGCACCUCAAUUCCUUCUGACGUCAAAUCGUGGUACUUACAAAGUUACAGUCGAAUUGAACGAAUAUUUCUGUGCAUGGUGUCUCAUUGAAGAUGGAGAUUUUAUUGGACCAAUUGCACCUGCAUCAUAA